AGAAAUGUUUCUUGUUGUAAUUCUUAUUUACAUCAAUUAGGUAUCUAAAAAUUAUAAUUAUUUUCCAAUCCAUCUCUUACCUGGUGAAACUGACCUAAUCAUGGCGUCGCCUUUGCAUUGAUUUUAUACCUUUAUUUGGAUAUAAUUUCAACUCCUUAGCUUUAUUCGCCAUUAAUCCAACACAAUGAUUGUAAAGCAAGACCCUGUAAUAUCGGGGGGGCAAUAUCGGUGAAAUAUCCGAUCGGCACGAAAUCCAUUAUUGCGGCUCACGAAUGUGCUCAUUGUCGCUAAACUCUGAUGCGAUUAUCGAUCGUGAUCGCCAGUCCAAUCGAUGUCGGCGAGAAGCUUUUCUUCGCCAUUUUUGGCCAAAAGGACACGGACGAUUUCACCGUCUCGUUGCGCCGAAACAAGCAGCCCCUUUGGACGGUAUAUUUGUUUAAGGUGUCGUUUUCGCUCUACAUGCUGGUCAGCGUUAUUGUCUUGAUCAAUCUACUCAUCGCAAUGAUGACGGACACUUAUCAGAGCAUUCAGUCGCAGAGUGACAUCGAAUGGAAGUUCGGGCUGAGUAGACUCAUCCGGAAGAUGCAGAAAACGCGUACAGCGCCAUCGCCGUUUAAUCUCGUAACCACGUGGAUCUCGUUCUUAUUCAAAAUUUGUCGAAGAAGGAGUGGUAAAAAGAAAUAUUCGGUGGUGGAUGGUUUGGAGGUUCAACACUAUCCAGUAAAGGGUACCGUAGCUCGAAGUAAUAAAGUUUUCCCUACUCGACGAAAAACAAGCAUGGCGACCUCGUUGUUGCGGAAAACGAGUCCUGUCGGAAGCCAAAGGUCCAUUGCUGCUAUUCCGCGAAUUGAAACUGUUGUUGACUGGGAAAUUGUCCGAAAAAAGUACAGGAUGCGGUUUGGCGACGAAGUGGAGAAACCGGCUGCAGAUGAAACCAACGGUACAGUUUGACCGAAUAGGCGUGUUCUUGCCAAAGUGGACUUAUUCUCUUAAAAAAUCUUCAUUAUGAAUAAACAUAUUUGCAAUUUAAAGCAGUCAUUGAGUGAAUGAUCUCUCCGAGUAAUGAAAGUAUAUGUACAAUAAAAGUACAUAGGUAAUAAAAGCUCUAUCUUUAUUUUAAAAAA